GCGGGGGAGGGUGAAGAGGAGUGGCAGGGGAAGGAAGGGAAAGGGGAGAGGGAGGGUGACGGUAGAGGGAGGGGGAGGGGUAGGGGGUGUUGCGUUGCUGCUGGGAGGGGGCUGGUAACGGGGAAGGGGGAGAGGGAAGGAAGAAGAAAGGAAAGAAAAGAAAAAGAAAAGAAAGAAAAAGAAAAAAAAAAGAAAAGAGAAAGAGAAAAAGAAAGAAAAAAAGAAAAAAAAAAGUUUUUCUCCUUAAAAACUUUUACAAAAUUUUUCAUAUUACAAAAAAAAUUUUCAUCUUACAAAAAAUUCUAUACAAAUUUUUUUAAAACUUAUACAGUAUACUACAGUAAAAUUUUAGACAAACUCCUAAAAAACUCAGGUUCCAAACAGGCCCAUUUGAACCAGUUUAUACACUAAACAAAGCAAACCUGAACAAGAAGUAUGCACUCUCAUUCAGCGUGUUAAAAGUUAAAACUUUAGGCAGCAACUAGCAAUAAUUGUCCUUGUGUUAAAUUUAGAGAGAGAGAGAGAGAGAGAAAAGGGUCGUUAUGUCGGGUACCGAUCAGCUCCGCCUUGGUAGGCUCUAAUUUAAUGCACCGGACGCCGGACGGUGAGUGUCAAACUGUCCACGCCAGCAGAAUGAGUCCCAAGUCGAACUUUACAGUUUGGCAUUGUCCAUAUAAUGGAGUGUGGCCAAAAAAGACACUAUUCCCCAUCAAGGCUAAGCAAAAAUGGGUGAGAAGCGGAUUCCUUUGGAUUGGGAAUCCCGUAUUAGGAUUGCAAUUGGGGCAGCGAGAGGUAUUACUCAUAUACACUCGGAAUGCGGUGGGAAACUUGUUCACGGAAACAUAAAAGCUUCGAACAUUUUCCUCAACUCCCAACAAUAUGGUUGUGUGUCUGAUCUUGGCUUGGCAACACUAAUCACUCCAAUAGCCCCACCAGUCAUGCGGACUGCAGGGUACCGUGCUCCGGAAGUGACAGACUCCCGGAAAGUCUCUCAAGCAUCCGACGUCUUCAGCUUUGGGGUGUUGCUGCUUGAACUUCUCACAGGAAAAUCCCCUAUACAUGCUACUGGUGGCGAUGAAGUUAUCCACUUGGUCAGAUGGGUUAAUUCUGUUGUUCGCGAGGAGUGGACUGCUGAAGUUUUUGAUGUAGAGCUUUUGAGGUUUCCUAAUAUAGAGGAGGAGAUGGUGGAGAUGUUACGAAUAGGGAUGACAUGUGUGGCAAGAAUGCCGGAGCAGAGACCAAAAAUGAGUGAUGUACUGAAGAUGGUAGAGGAUAUGAGAAGAGUCAAUACAGGAAAUCCGCCAUCUACUGAAACGAGGACGGAAGAAUCAACUCCCGCCGCCCUCACACCGAUUGCUGCGGAUAUAGCUUCGACUUCUGGUCAACAAUAGUGUACCAUUCUUACUUCAAUUAAAGGAGUAAAUAUGCUGGAAUUAAUUUUUCUCCCAUUGCUCAACUAUUGAGUUUUAGUCGCAUUGUUUGGUAGUACGUCCUUGUAUCUUCUUUUGCUCGUCCAAGAAUGCCUGCCAUGUAAAAUGAGGUUGGACAACUACUUAGUAUUUCGUUGUUCUUGACUGCUAUUUGCAUGAAGAUGCUGGAUCA